AUGGCCGAGAUCGUUGGCCUCGUCGCCAGCAGCUUCGCCCUUGCCGAAGUCGUCGGCAAGAUUGGAGGCGGCGUGCUCAAGCUGAAGCGCAUGUGGGACGAGGUCAAGGAUGUGCCUGAGUCGAUCCAGGAUCUGUUCAAGCGCCUCGAUCUUAUUCUGCCCAUGGUCGCGCGUAUCGCUCGAGAUAUCGAGACGGGUGCAACUGUGUUCGACGACAUGGAAGCUGUCGAGUCGUGCAUCCUGUCUUGCCAGCAGGUUAUUUCGGACGAGGCGACCAUGAUGAACGAUCUGAUUGUACAAAUUGAUGCGACGAAACGGAUGAAACGAGCGAGGGACAUGGUUCGCGUGGCUCUGAAGCGGGAUGUAUUGGAACGACAUGAGAAGAAACUCGAGGGUAUGAUUCAAAUCUUAAUGCUCGCACAUUCCGAGUAUUCCAGGGCCUGCACCAAGGCUAUUCCGACGGUCAUUGUCCAGCACCUGUCAGCUUCAGGAUAUGUAGCAAAACAAAGGCCCGGAGACAUGAACGAAGUUGAAGAGAAGAGUGUAUACAACUUGAUGAGCCCACUUGACCCUUUCCCUUGUCUGUUCAACUUAGGCUCACAUGGAACAGAACGCGGGUUCCGCUUACAGCCCCCUUGGUGGUUAACACAUCAAGCUUGGGAGCUGCGAGUACUCUCUGGGUGGCAGUGGCAUUUCAGAGCUUACAAUUUUGUGCCGGAUGACUCGCCUGUAAUUUCAUCUGUCCUGAAUGGUGACAUGAACACUCUUCUUCAACUCUUCGAGGAAGGGAGAGCGUCCCCAUUCGAUGUAUGCGUAAGGGGCUCGCUUAUGCAGGAGGCUUUGCGAACGGGACGACUCAGCAUCGUUCAAAUCCUUGUUCAACUCGGAGUCUGCAUAAGCCAUCAUGAGCUCUACAGCGCUGUAUAUGGCUUGAUCGUCAUGGGGUACCCAUCUCAUUCUCCCUCCACCAUAGAUAAGGCGCGGCGCAUGCAAAUUUUCCAAGAAUUUGUCGAUUUCAUCACUACGCAAGGUUUCUGGGAGCUUCAAUUCAAAACACUGUCUUUCAUGAUGUUAGAAUCCAUCGCCAUGAAUAACGGCAAAGCCUUCUUGGAAGUUUUGUUACCCAAGGUCUCACCCAAUCACUACAACAAGCCCUUCAGGCAUCGCUUGCGGUCCUUGAGACACGUCCCUUGCGACAUGAAAGAGGAAACCUUUGCCUUCCUUCUCUGGCCCGAUGACGGGUGUAGGCAACUUAUCAUUCAAAAUUCGAGUGGUACGGUCUACAGGCUUAGAGAUGGGAGUUACCACCAUUGGGCGUCGGUACCAACGGUGAGGUUGAUGACUCUCACGCUUCAGUCUUGGCUGGAAGAUCUUGACGAAAGCGGCAUCAAUCUGACGUCCUACGGCCGCGAGGAGCUGGAAAUCAUCAAGUCCACUACCAGCGAUCGAGAAUACCAAUAUGGUCCACUUUGUCUUCGACGCCUGGAACCCGACGAUUGCAUGCCUAGAGUCCCGAAAGCAACAAUUGUAGACAGCAACUCCCAUCCACCUCUUCCUCAUCGUCAACCUCGCACUCGCUUCCAACGAAUUCCCCCGACCACGACAUCAUCUCCGGCUCCUCAAGCACGCCGCCCAUCAUAUCUGGAUCAUAACAUCCCGCCGGGUCAAAGCACCCCUCCAAGCCAGGCGCCAUCGCCACCUCGGGCGGUACCAGAACCUCCUCGCCCACCGGCACAGGCACAAUCGGCACAAACACCGCCCUCUGCCUUUGCCCUCGCCCGCGCCGCGCAUGCUGAUGGCCAUGCCUCUUUGCGCGCGCCCUUGGCAUGUUCCCCGGCCGGCGGCACGGCGCGGGCGAGAGCGCAGGCGUCUGGCGAGAACAAGAAGUGUGCUUGGCGCCGUGGUGCUUGUGGCCCCGAGGAUGAUGUUUGUGGUGGUGAUGGUGGUGGCGGUGGUGGUGGUGACCUUUCCGAGCACGUCGGUGGCCUUUUCCUGCCUUGGCCCUGCACGGAGACACCGGACUCGGAACGAAGGGCAGGCCGAGAGUACCGGAAACCGCCCCCCCGAGCUGACUCCGCCGAGAGCCGUUACACUUCUUCAGGGGGAACUCCUGAAUCGAGCGUCCCGGAUGUCACAAGGGCAUUGACUCGCUCCGGCAGUUGA